UCCGCUCGCUUCCCAUCAGCCCAACCGCUCACCUAAUCGUCAGACGCGCGCUGCACUCGACGUUCGAACGCCGGGAAAACACGAGUCGUUUUCCUCCGCGACGAUACACCGAAGUUUCGAAUUCGGAAUACGGUUGCAUUCGAAUUUGAAAAGUUACUUUUUUUAUCAUAAAUGAGUAGGUAGUCUCUGAUUUCUAUAGACCAGAGAAUAACGUUCUAUAGAUAAAUUCUUUUAAAGUUUAGUUUCGUUAAUGUUUUUUUUUUUUUGAUAAAUUGAUAUUUGUGAAAAGUGGCUGGAAAACAUAAACUUGUGGGAUGUUUGUGAUUUGUCUCCGACUGUCUUGGUUGUGAUUCAUAGUAACGUUGCUGUUGACGCAGUUUGGUCAUUUUAAAAUAAAAACAAAAGUCCAUCAAUCAAGACGCACUCCACGGGACAAUUGGAGCGGACCGCGGGCAUCGGUAGCACUUAACAUGUCCAACUACACUAUUCAGUGAUCAUCCGAACGAUGACAAGUGUCGAGUGAACUUGAGAAAAAGGACAAAGACCUCUGUUAUCAAUGAACGAUCUAAAUUAUAACGCGGGGAUGAGCUCCUACCAAUUCGUUAACUCCCUUGCAUCCUGCUAUGGGAACCAGGGGCCUGGCCGCACUGGAACACCAGUGGAACAGACCGGCCACCCUGGGCUACCGACACCAGGAGCGGAUUAUUACAAUCCAAACACAGCAGCAUCUGCUUACCCUAAUGCCUGUUACUCGCCGCCACAAGUUGGUCAUCACUAUCCUCAACAUCCGUAUGCAACACCUGCAACUGGCACGCAUAUGCAACCACAGUCUAUGAUUGAUUAUACACAGUUACAUCCUCAAAGACUUGGAAGCACGGCCAGUCAUAUGCAUCAUUCGAAUCCUAGUCCUGGAGCUUUAUCGCCCAAUUUGAUGUCAACGCCACCUAGCCAAGCGGCUGGUGCUAGUUGUAAAUUUGCCGAUUCUACUUCCACGACAGGAGUUGCUUCUCCGCAGGAUUUGUCCACCUCUUCUGGACCGGGAAGAACUUCACCAGGAUUUGGGAAUGUUAGUGGACAAAAUUCAAGUGGAACAACUAGCACCAAAUUAGGACUGACGACUCCUAUCGCUUCUCCAGUAGAGCAUAAAGCUAAUGUAAAUCAAAACAUCUCAAGCCCAGCUUCGAGUACAUCAAGCAAUGAGAGCAAUGAGGCUAAUAAUUCUAGUUCAAAUAAUACAAAGAAUUCGAAGUCGACGUCAAACACGCAAGCAAAUCCUCCGCAAAUAUAUCCCUGGAUGAAGCGAGUGCAUCUAGGACAAAGUACAGUGAACGCGAAUGGGGAGACAAAGCGUCAAAGGACGUCGUACACUCGGUAUCAAACGCUGGAGCUGGAGAAGGAGUUCCACUUCAACCGAUACCUGACACGGAGGAGACGGAUCGAGAUCGCGCACGCACUUUGUCUCACCGAACGCCAGAUCAAGAUUUGGUUCCAGAACAGGCGCAUGAAGUGGAAGAAAGAGCACAAAAUGGCAUCGAUGAACAUUGUUCCCUACCAUAUGAAUCCAUAUGGCCACCCAUACCAGUUCGACCUUCACCCGAGCCAGUUCGCGCACCUCUCCGCAUAGGAUCAGUGGAAUUUUUCGAACAGCGGAUAACUGAUUUAUUAAACUAGACAGUCGACCGUAUAGUACGGGGUUGCGUGUAACAUAGACUUUUGAUCAAAAUGCUAUGCUACAGCAACCAGACUGGAUCAGUUAUUCGCUGUUCGAAAAAUUUAUCUAGUACCUAUAGCCUAAUUCUGUUAACAUUAUUGUUGUGACAUUUUAAAGUGAUGAUAAAGACAUUGGUUCUGUGCUUCAAGACGUGAAAUUGAGUGGUAACGAGCGAGCUACAAUGGAGGAGCGUUAAUUUAAGUGCGAUAUUCUUACAAAUUCAACAGGUUUAAAUUUAAAUUAAGAUGUCAAUGACAUUAAAUUCGUCUAAUGUCACCCUUGAUCUAAAAUAUGAUUAGAUUUUGGGUACCUAUAAGAAAUUGGUUAUUACUAUGAUUUAUAAUAAUGUUUCAUCAUGAUCUAAAUAUGAUAAAACGUCGUUAAAAUUUGAAGUAGAAAGAAUUUUACCUAGUCAUAAGCUGUAAUUCGAUUUUCAUAUUAUACGUAAAAAUGUAAGAUAUAAAAACAACUGAAUACCGAAUAGUGUAUAUUGUGAUGGCUAGACUAAGUUAAAAAUGUUGCAAUAAUGCAGCCCAACAAACAUAAAUCACACAAAUUUUAAAUAUAAUCAAUUAGCCUUCACACGAAAAACAAAUUCGGAGUUGUACAGGGAUAGAUUAAAACUUGGUGAAUCCAAAUCAACUAUGUCUAAACAAAAAAAAAAGAUGUAUCAAAAAUAUAUUUAGAUCUGUCAUACUAUUGUAUUCCUUUAAUGAUUAUGAAUUUGUCGCGUAAUAUUUAGGGAAGGCUUGUAAAAGAGCUGUGAACUUAACUAGCCGAAGUAAGCUCAGUAACUAUAAUAAUAAACAAACUGUGAAUAGUUAGAUAUUUCUUCUCAUUGAUGUAAAUAAUUUGUCGUUUAGUAGAUACAAUGAAAGUUUAAUAUAUUUCAAUAUACUUCCCGAAGAACUGUUUUAUGUUCCUGUUCUUAGUUGUAAAUAAUAUAUAUUUAUCAUAUGCUAUAAAUACAGUAUGCGUAAUGUAACAUUAAGAAUGCAUUAUAUAAAAUAGAUAUUUUUUUUUAAAUUUCGACAAACGAUACCAAGUAAAUUUUCAUGUGACUAUACCUAUGUACUUUAAAUCUUUAAUGUCGUAUAUUGUAAAAUGUACUUAAAAUAUUCUUAGUAAUUAAUAUAUUUUUCUUUAAAUUCUUCUAACAGGAAAAAACAAUUAUUAAUUUUUACUUUUCUUUAUUUCAUAUACGAAUCGUGGCUUUUGAUUUUGUUAUCACAUAUUAUUAGAAUUGUCGUGGUCAACUGUGAUAUUUUGUUAAAUUUUAUUCUUAAGUGAAACAGCACAAUUUAAGUUCAUAUUUCUUAUCAAAAAGUAUGUUUGUAUUGCUUAUUUUUGAUUUACUUGACUGGUUCAUUUGUUACUUUAUUUAUUGUUUGUAAAUAUUAGAUACGUCACUUAGAAUUAAUUAAUUAAAUAAUGUUCAAAAACAUAUUGCGUAAGAACUUCGCAUAAUUUAUGUUGAUAAUGCUUCUGAUGUUAAUUUUCUGUGCAAUAGGACGUGGCCUAAUUUUUUGUCACUUUUCUUUUAUCAUUCAAUUGUAAAAACUUUAGUUACGUUGUUUCUUUUUAACUAAAUACUUAUAAAUAUGUUUAUCGUUCAUUCCAAUUUAAAUGAGGACUAUAGGAAAGUAGCAACUUGAUCAUUUAAAUUAUUGUAUUGUAUUAAUAAAUUGUAUUAAAUUUGAAAAAUUGAUGAAGAUGAUAAAAUAAA